AUGCAACAAAGAGAAAAGGAGACAUUUCGUGAAUACGCGCAAAGGUGGCGCGAAAUUGCAGCACAGGUUGUUCCACCUAUGGAAGAAAAGGAGAUGACGAAAGUGUUCUUAAAGACUCUUGAUACUUUUUAUUACGAGAGGAUGAUUGCAAGCGCUCCUACAGACUUUACUGACAUGGUAAACAUGGGAGUCCGUUUAGAGGAAGCAGUUCGAGAAGGGCGUCUAGUUAGAGAAGGAAGUUCAUCUUCAAGCGGGGCAAAGAGGUACGGCGGUUUUAUGAAAAAGAAGGAACAAGAAACUAAUGUUGUGUCCUAUAAUCAUCCAAGAAGGAUCAAUUAUCCUUACCAUUCCCAACACCAACAUAUAGCAGCCGUGACUCCAGUAAUCACUUCCGCUCCAGUUCAAGUCCAAUACCCUCAGCAGCGUACCAACCGCUUCCAACAGAAUAUUCAGUAUCAGCAACAACAUCAACCUCAACAACAUCAACAUCAGUUACAACAACGUCCACCACAGCAACAAAGAAGAACCAAUUUUGAUCCAAUUCUGAUGUCAUAUGCAGAAUUGUAUCCAGCUUUGAUCGCUAGAAACCUUGUGCAACCACGACCACGAGCUCCUGUACCAGAAGUGCUACCUUGGUGGUACAAGCCAGAGGUAUCUUGUCCCUUUCAUCAGAAUGCUCCAGGUCAUGACUUAGACAACUGUUUUGCUUUAAAGUUGGAAGUACAGAAGUUAACAAGAGCAGUCAAUUCAAGAGGUUGUAGAAAGAUUCAAGAUGAUUUGCAAGGCGUCCUUGAUCAGGGUUUGAUUCAGGUUUCUAGACAAGUGAGUUCUCCAGAAUCACAAGAACAAGAGGUGAAUGUCAUCAUUCCUUGCUUCAACAUUCCAGAGAAAGUAGAGAUAGCUUAUCAUUCGAGGGAGCCAGUAGUGAUUUGCCCUCCGGGCCCAAUGCCUUACACUUCAGAUAAAGCGGUCCCCUACCGCUAUGCAGCAACUAUUAUUGAGAACGGUAAAGAGGUCGAGAUUAAAACCUUAGCCUCAGUUACCAAUAUCGCAGCAAAUAGCCGAAUGACGCGCAGUGGCCGUGUGUUCGCUCCGCCGGUUAUCCCAAGUAGAAAUGUUGAGAAAGAUCUAGUAGUCGUGGUACCAGUGACAAGAGAAGCAUAA